UCUCCCCAGCACGUUCUCAGCCGCUCCGGGUUCCGCGCCGACGAGGGAGCCUCGAGCGAGGGUGACCGUCCCCUGGCUGGGAGGACUCGGGGCGGCGGAACGCUCCCGCGUGUGGGGCGCUCGGAGUGCCCGCAGCCGGAGAGGGACCAGGACGCUAGAGCCCCGGGGGUGCCUGUGGAACCCAGCGCCUCAGGCUUCCCGGGUCCCCCGCUGAGAGAGCCCCAGAGGCGCGCUCAGCCCCGGGAGCACCGCGGAACCAGAUAGAGCUCGAGUCCCAACCGCAGUUACAGCAAUGGGCAGCAAAACCUUGCCAGCGCCGGUGCCCAUCCACCCAUCCCUGCAGCUCACCAACUAUUCCUUCCUCCAGGCAGUGAACGGACUGCCCACAGUCCCCUCGGACCCCCUGCCCAGCCUGUAUGGGUUCAGCGCGCUGCACGCAGUGCACCUGCACCAGUGGACGCUGGGCUACCCGGCCAUGCACUUGCCACGCUCUUCUUUCUCCAAAGUACCCAGCGCCGUGUCCAGCCUAGUGGAUGCGCGUUUUCAGCUGCCCGCCUUCCCCUGGUUCCCGCAUGUCAUCCAGCCCAAGCCAGAGAUCACGGCUGGAAGCAGCGGUCCGGCGCUCAAGACCAAGCCGCGCUUUGAUUUUGCCAACCUGGCCCUGGCGGCCACGCAAGAAGAUCCGUCCAAGCUUGGCCGUGGGGAGGGUCCCGGCUCCCCGGCAGGGGGGCUGGGUGCUCUCCUGGAUGUGACCAAGCUGUCCCCGGAGAAGAAACCCACGAGGGGACGGCUGCCUUCCAAGACCAAGAAGGAGUUCGUCUGCAAGUUCUGUGGUCGCCACUUCACAAAGUCCUACAACCUACUUAUCCACGAGCGGACGCACACGGAUGAGCGGCCCUACACCUGUGACAUCUGCCACAAAGCCUUCCGGAGGCAAGACCACCUACGGGACCACAGAUAUAUUCAUUCCAAAGAGAAGCCUUUCAAAUGUCAGGAGUGCGGAAAAGGAUUUUGCCAGUCCAGGACUCUCGCUGUCCACAAGACUCUACACUCACAGGUGAAGGAGCUCAAAACCUCCAAGAUAAAAUGCUAAACGGAGCCUCCCGGUCACCACGAGGACCCUGGGUCACGCCGCCCCCUCUUCCGGAGGGACUAGAAGCCAGACGACUCUGGCGGGCCUCGGGAGGGGCUCGGGAUCUUCCCCCAUCCGAAACAAUGUCCCCUGAGUCCCGGGCACACGCAGAACUCCAGAGCCCCAGCCGGGGUCACGACCCCGGCGGCUCGGGGCGGCUCCCCCAGGACGCGGCUAAACUCUUGGCCAAAAGGCGGUACUCACGUGGCGGAAGGGGAAUUGCAUUUAAAAAAAAAAGAAAGAAAGAAAGAA